GACGAGAUCACAAGACCAAGCAUAGACAACACUUUUAUCAACCAACUUGUCUUCUGUCAUCAGGUGAUUGGGAGUGAGGAAUUCUGAAAAGGGAUAAAUUCGUAAAUCAAUAUGUCUGGGAAAGAUAAACUACAAAUUUUCCCUUCUCGGGGAGCUCAGAUGUUAAUAAAGGCCCGUCUGGCCGGAGCUGUUAAGGGCCAUGGUCUCCUCAAGAAAAAGGCUGAUGCCUUGCAAGUGAGGUUCCGUAUGAUCUUGGGAAAAAUCAUUGAGACAAAGACCCUUAUGGGUGAAGUGAUGAAGGAAGCAGCGUUCUCCCUGGCUGAAGCAAAGUUCACGACGGGAGACUUCAACCAGGUGGUGUUGCAGAAUGUGACCAAGGCACAGAUCAAGAUCCGUUCCAAGAAAGACAAUGUUGCUGGUGUCACACUGCCGAUCUUCGAGUCAUAUCAAGACGGUUCAGACACGUACGAGCUCGCGGGUCUCGCGCGCGGUGGUCAGCAACUCUCGAAGCUGAAGAAGAACUUCCAGAGUGCCGUCAAACUGCUGGUCGAGCUUGCGUCACUCCAGACCUCGUUCGUCACUUUAGAUGAAGUCAUCAAGAUCACUAACAGGCGUGUCAACGCUAUUGAGCACGUAAUCAUCCCGCGACUGGAGCGUACUCUGGCGUACAUCAUCUCCGAGUUGGACGAGCUGGAGCGUGAGGAGUUCUACCGGCUCAAGAAGAUCCAGGACAAGAAGAAGAUCAUUAAGGACAAAGCGGAAGCGAAAAAGAAAGAGCUCCUGGCGGCGGGGCUGGGGCUGGACCUCGGCGACGGCGGCGCCAACCUGCUGGACGAGGGCGACGAGGACAUCGUGUUCUAGGCGGGCCUUUAGUUGACCGGUGCGCCACUCGCUAAGGCCAUUUUGUUGGGGAUUACUUACUGGCGCCUUGUGGUGUAGGGUGUAGCUUUCUGGAUUCCGACUAAGCUUACUUUGCAUUGACUUUAAAUGAGGGAAUGUCAUUUAUAAAGUUCAUAUUUUCAUAGAUAUUUGACAUUAAUAAUGACAUUGUCACACUUUGUCAUUGCAAUUGCAUAGUUGUCUUGAUCAGACUCUUAAAAAAGAAAGUUUGCCUCGUAUCUUUAUUAGUCUACUGAAACCAGCCUGACAAUACUCGUUGUCAAGCGUCCGUGGCACUCGAUCCCUAUGGCUUGCUCAAUAACUAGCUCCAAGAAAAUUGCCUCCGUAAUUUGUGGUAAAAUCUGUAUAUAGGCUGGUUAUUGAAUCAUUGUUGUAAUAUUUAACAGGCAACUAUAUUUACUGAUAAUAACCAGCCUAUUAUCGUUAUAACAGUUAAAAAGCACUGUUGAGGUCCUAUAAUGGCUUCGCUGAGCUAUUGGGUCGAUAGUAUUGUAUGUCUAGUGACAAAUUGUUAGUAGUCGCAGUCAAGUGUUCGGAAAACUAACAUUACAGGAGCUUCCAGUAUUACCUUACACAUUAAGGAGACGAAAAACGUCCUUUAUAAUAUAACCUCACUUUCCCAGUCACCUCCAAAUUUCAGUUUCGACAGUUGACUGCUUUCAAAUGUUUAUGAAUUGAUAUUACAGCCUAUAUGGUGUUUUCAUUGUAAAUAAUGUACUGUUAUCCUCUUCACGAAUCAACCCUACGACCUUUUAAUACGGUCUAAUUUUCAGUGGCAAUCCGAUUGGUACACAAAUUGAUUGUAAGCAUUCCACGCAUUGUUUCAACUAAAGCUUUUAGAAUGCUGUUUAACGUAUAAAGCAGUAAGUACACCCAUUUUAUUAUUUAUAGUUUUUGAUUUGUUGUUUAAUGGUCGUUUCUAAGUGUAAGCAAUCAUGUAAAUACAAGUUUGUGAUGCGAAAUAUUAAAUAUUAUUAUUGAUCGAA